UCCAUAGUUUUUGAGGAAGUAAUAAUGAGUAAAUUCUGGGCUUUGCUUACUCACCUCCAUGCUCUUGCCGGGCCAGUGGUGAUGUUACUCUAUCCUCUAUAUGCAUCAGUAGUAGCUAUAGAGAGCACAUCGAAGGUGGAUGAUGAGCAAUGGCUUGCUUAUUGGAUUCUCUACUCUUUUCUUACUCUCAUGGAAAUGGUACUUCAACCCAUCCUUCAAUGGAUACCAAUUUGGUACGAGGUGAAAUUGGCAAUGGUGGCAUGGUUGGUUCUUCCCCAAUUCAGAGGAGCUGCUUUUAUCUAUGACAAAUUUGUUAGGGAGAAGCUGAUUAAGAAAUACGGAUCUUCAUAUUUCCAGGACAAGUCUCACUCUCCUAAUGGCAAACCCAAAAACAAACUUGUGGAUUUCAUAACCCUCAAGAAGGGAGAGCAUUAAACUAAAGUCGCUGAGGAUGGAGCAUCAAAUUAGGCAAUGAAUGGUCUUAUGUGGAUAUAUGCGGCAACGUUCAUGAUUUCCUUUUAUAAUGCAGUACUGAAGAGUAAUAUAGUUAUGUUGUUGACUUGUUGUAGAUCAAGUGGGCAUUGCUGCUAAUAUGAAUGUUAUGCCUUUUCUAACAUGUUAGAUACAUAUGCACACCCUCAGAUUUCUCAAUAUUGUUUGUAUCUUUUCAAUUCAGAAGGAAUUAAGACCAGCUGGUCAGUUUGUAUGGUC